AUGCCAGGAAGGCGGCGGCAAAGAGGUCGCAGAGGCAUAGGAAGGGCCUUUGACAGAAACACAGUAGAAGAGCAUUACCAGUUUACUCUCAGCCAGGAAGCCCUCAAUACUGAACGCCACUCCUUCGAGCGCAGCAGUCGACAGCUCCGCUACCAGACAGUCCAGUUCGUCAGCGGAGGCCAGAAGGAGCCGGACGACCCUGCAGUCCUCAGGAACCUCGAUAACCUCGUGCUCGACCGGGGUACUAAAGAGGAUACUAAGGGGGAUACUAAUGAUACUAAGGAUGGGGAUGGGGAUGUCAAAGUUGAAGCAUUGGUCGAGAUUGAGCAGGUAGAAGCUGACAAGCAGGAGAACCAAAGGCCAGAGAAAGAUAAUCAAAAGACAGAAAGGGAGAAUCAGAAGCCGGAGUCCAGAGAAGAAGACCUCUAUAUCAUCGAUACAGAGGGAGACAAGACGGUGAAGCCUACGCUGCCCAACCCCGUUAUCAACUGCGAUUCCCCUGAUUCCAGCGGAGACGAAGUCGUCUUCACCGGCAGAACCCCCCUCUGGAGACGACAGGUCCGCUCAAGAGUCGUCAACGAUCCUCCAGCUGCAUCGUCUACAGCUCAACAGACACCUCCAAAACGCAGCCAUGAUGCAGUCGACCGCAGAGACACGGGAUUCCGAAGAUUCUCCGGCAUCAGCAGGCGCAGACCGUCUCCUCGCAGGGUAAUCCUCGAGUUCGGCAACGACUCUGCAGACUCAGAUGCCGUGGCAGACUACCUGGCCAACCUCAUCGGUGACGACAGCUCAGACAGCUCUGAUGGAUGGUCCGACGACGAACAGCCAGGUAAAGCCGUCACUCCCAAGACUCCCGGCAUGUCUGGUCCAGACGACGUAGACGAGGAGGAAGAAGGUAGCAGUUCAGGCGAUGAAGACGAUGAAGACAUCGACAUCGACUCGGACAUGCAGUGGAUGUCUGAUGAACAGCUCGCCCACCUCCUCGACACAGGCGACAUCCCCGACAUGGACGCAGACGAGAUCGACUUCUUCACCACCCAUGGGUUCGCCAGAUCAGGCUCCGCAGCAGCAUCCGGCAGAAACAAGAAGAACAAGAAGAAAGACAAGCGGAAGAAUGCCUCGCUGCGUGAACCCAUCUCCGCUUCGAAACUCGCCGACAUGUUCGAGGAAGACCCCUACGGCGCUUUCGAUAUCAUGGACUACAACCGCACCAGUCUCAUGGGCAAGAAGGCCCGAGGCAAGAUGCCUGACUUCGACCUCUCGGACAGCGAACUCGAGUCCAACAUCCACGCCUCGUGGGAGAACGACCGGCGUAAGAAGAAGGCGAAGAAGCUGGAGCGCGAGGAGCUGCGUGCCCAGGGUCUGCUAGGCAAGUCCGGCAAGGCUCGUCCGCGAGGUAAUACGCCAGACGACAUUCGCGAUGAAAUCCGCUCUUUCAUGAUGUCCCGCACCCAGACCCUCCAACUCCCUCCCAUGGCCAAGAAAGACCGCAAGGUCGUCCACGAAAUGGCCAACGCGCUCUCCCUCAAAUCCAUCUCCCGCGGCAAGGGAUACGACCGCUUCCCCAUCCUCACCAAAACCCGCGGCACGCCCACUUUCCACCCAGACGAGGUCCACGAGCUCGAAGCCCUCUUCUCCCGCAGAAAAAUCACCCGAUACUCUGACAAGCGUCGCGCAGGGCCAUCCGGUGGUGCUCGCUCGGGUAGAGCCCGCGGCGAGACACGCGCUGCCUCGUACAUGGACGGAGACGUCGUGGGUGCCUCUGCGCCUGAGAUCGGAGCUGAUAACCGUGGCCGCGCCAUGUUGGAGAAAAUGGGCUGGAACACGGGAAUGUCGCUUGGUGCCGCGGAUAACAAGGGCAUCCUGCAGCCUGUCAUCCACAUCGUCAAGACCUCCAAGGCAGGACUGGGGUAG